AAUAUUUAACUUCAACACAAAUUUGAAAGUAUCAGAAAGGGGUAUAAAACCAUCUGUCAACACUGGUUUGAGUUACACUUUUGACAGAUAUUGGCAAGGAAGGAUACGAUGGAAUAUUUUAGCACCGUCAAACCUUAAAACAUUAUUAGUUUACCACUCUGAAACCCAACAGGUGCUCUUUGAAGUUAAUUUAGGUAUUCAGUACAGUUAUAUAUAUACAUCAUACACCAAAAAGUUUAAAGAACAUGAUGUUUCAACAACAGUAAGCUUAAAAGCAGGGACAUUUGGUGCAGUAAUAGAGUAUGGGAUAGAGAAAAAAGUGACAGCAUUUAGUAAUCUAGGAGCAACAAUGUCUGUUGGAUAUCCCACUGGAGUUACAAUUGCUCUUAAGUUAGAUAGAGGUAGUCAUACUAUGUUGAUGCCUAUAAAGUUAUCAGAUGAGGUGAUACCAAGCUCUAUAUUGUAUGGUACAAUCAUUCCUAUAGUUACUUACUUUGCUGUGAAGAAAUUAAUUGUUGAUCCUUUCCUGUCCGGACAAAAAGAAAAAGAGUUGGUGAGAAAAAAGCAGGAACAGAAAGAGAAAAUACAACAGAGAAAGCGAGAAGCACAAGCUUUGAUAGAGCUUAUGAAAGAAUCUGUUGAUAGGAAUAUAGAAGUUGAAGAGAGAAGGAAUGGUCUAAUUAUAAUAACAGCCAUAUAUGGAAAACUCUCUUCCUCAACUGAUGAAGACCUACAAACAGAAGAUUGUAUAGAUGUGACUGUACCAUUACAAGCUCUAGUCAAAGAUUCAAACCUGAUAACUCCUGAAAAAACAUCUAAGAGUGAUAUCCCAGGAUUCUAUGACCCAUGUAUAGGAGAAGAGAAGAAGUUGUAUAUAAAAUAUAAGUUUAGGAAGACCAUUCAUCAUACAACUGUAGAUGACAUGGAGAAAGUUAGAAUACCACAACAAAGACAUUUAAUGCGUGAAGAAGAUUUACCUCCCUUAUAAAUGAGCCAGAUGAGACGUGAUGCAGGACGUGGAGGAGUAGCUAGAUAGAGUGGUUGUAAUCUGUUAUUGUUUUUAACAAUUCACAGUGUGCCAGACCAAACAUCACCAUAUACGUG